AUGCCGGUAUAUUACCUUAUCCCUAUUAAGAGAGAGACCAUAGACGACGUGCACGCCUCGGUGCGCUUCAAGUAUGGCAUCCACACCAUCUAUCUUUUUGUCGAUCUAAUGGGGACCAUGGCUACCGUCGGCAAGGAUCUCCGUGAGCUUCUCAGGGAUAGGUAUCCCGAGGGUCUCACGAAAUCCUUUGUUACGCUCGAGAAGACACCCGUGCCCGAUGAGGCAUCCAAGCCCAACAUGGCCUACGCCGUCCUCAACGUCUCCAACGAUCCUACGCGCGGGUGGAAGCGCCUCCAGUACGAUGAUGAUGAAACGACUCCCGCGAAUUCCGAGCUCAAGCAGAAUGGAAUAGUGGCUUUCACCUUUCUCGAUGACCCUAACGACGAGGCAGUGUUCGAUGUGGAGUGGCCCAAGGAUGAUGAGGAGCUAGAGGAUGCUGAGGAGUGA